GCUUCAGCUGAUUUCACUCAGUCUAAAUGAAUAUACUUGAUGCUUAGCCAUGAUUUUGUGUGGUUUUUUUUUUAAGGGACAAGUUUUUUGUUUUUGUUUUUAAUACAAACUGUCGUGUUGAGGGUUGACUUUCAGCAGAUCGCAGCAAGGGAGCUGCUCUAUAGUCUGACCUAAAGGGACAAGAUUUUUUUGUCGUUUAAUUAACGUCAUAGCCACUAGAUGCCAGUAGUACCCUCAAGUGUGACCAUCACAAAUGUCUCCAGACUUUCCAAAUAUCCCCUCAGGGGCAGAGUUGCCCCCAGUUGAGAACCACUGAUCUUACCAAAGGCGAAAGGAAGUCUUUUUAUCAAGACCUCCAUGUGCUCUUGAAAACUUCACUAAAUUAUUAGUAACUACCCUUCUGAUAACUUGAGAAAUGUGUCAGAAUCUCGGAGAAGAAGGAUGUACAGCUUGCAAAAAUGGAUUUUGUAUUAGAAGACAUGGAUCUUGCUGCUAAUGAGCUCAGCAUUUAUGACAAACUUUCAGAGACUGUUGAUUUGGUAAGACAGACGGGCCAUCAGUGUGGCAUGUCAGAGAAAGCAAUUGAAAAAUUUAUCAGACAGCUACUGGAAAAGAAUGAACCUCAGAGGGGGCCACCCCAGUAUCCCCUCCUUCUAGCUGUGUACAAGGUCGUCGUAACCCUGGGAUUAAUCUUGCUCACUGCCUACUUUGUGAUUCAACCUUUCAGCCCAUUACCACCUGAACCAGUGCUUUCUGGAGCUCAUACCUGGCGCUCACUCAUCCAUCACAUCCGGCUGAUGUCUUUGCCCAUUACCAAGAAGUAUAUGCCAGAAAAUAAGGGAGUUCCUCUGCAUGGGGGUGAUGCAGACAGACCCUUUGCAGACUUUGACCCCUGGUGGACCAAUGAGUGUGAGCAGAAUGAGUCGGACCCCAUCCCUGCCAACUGCACCGGCUGUGCCCAGAAAUUACCCCUCAAGGUGAUGCUCCUGGAAGACACCCCAAGGAAAUUUGAGAGACUCCAUCCUCUGGUGAUCAAGACCGGACAACCCCUGUCAUCUGAGGGGCUUCAGCGCUUUUUGUGCCAGUACCCUGAGGUUGCAGAAGGCUUCACCGAAGGGUUUUUCACCAAGUGGUGGCGCUGCUUUCCUGAACGGUGGUUCCCGUUUCCUUACCCAUGGAGAAGACCUCUGAACAGAUCACACCUUUUACGUGAGCUUUUUCCUGUGUUCACCUACCUGCCGUUUCCAAAAGAAGCCUCCUUGAAAAAGUGCUUCUUUCUUCAACCAGAACCUAUUGUGGGGAGUAAGAUGCAUAGGAUGCAUGACCUGUUUACCAUUGGCAGCGGCGAGGCCAUGUUGCAACUCAUCCCUCCCUUCCAGUGCCGAAGACAUUGCCAGUCCAUGGCGAUGCCACUAGAGCCAGGGGAUAUUGGCUAUGCUGGCGCCACCCACUGGAAGGUUUACAUUAUAGCCAGAGGGGUCCAGCCUUUGGUCAUUUGUGAUGGAACCACCCUCUCAGAACUGUAGGAAACAGAACUAAAGGAACAGGUUUGAGAGCUGAAGACCGGAUCGAAAGGGGGAAAAUAAAAACAAAAAACGAUGAAACCACUUUCCAGGGGUUGGUUGCUUAGUUGCCUGCCCUGUGCAUGCGUGUGUGAGCCAGUUGUGUGCUGGAAGCAAAGGCCAGAGCCCAGCCCUCCCAACUCUUCCAGCCCAGUUGCUUGGCCAGGACCUUGCCAAUACCCAUCUGUGAGAGACUGGCCUCUUCCAGGCCUUUUGGCACCAAAGCCUUGAGGCUGCCCUUCAGGCAGGGAGCACGGUUGAUACCUUCCCUCACUUGCAUGACAUGAUCCCCUCUGCUGGCUCCCUGGCCACGAGAGGGCAGUCACCAGGUCCUGACUUUAGAGCCAUCCUCUACCAGGUGGGCCUGCCUGUCCUCUCUUCCUGGUCACACCACCCUGUACUGUUUUUGGAAAGCCAUGGAUGAUUAAAGAAGUCAUUGCAGUUUCCCAAGCAGAAUGGAAUCUAGAACCGGUGAAAAAGGAUCAAAUAACCUCAAACUGCACUCAAGAAGUGCACUUCUUUCCCAGUGUCCAUGGCUUUUGGAGUAUCAGCGAUGCCAGGUCGGAGUCUGAUUGUAAUUGAAAUGGUAAUUCCUAAGGUAAUUCUUGUCUCCAUUCUAUCAGUUCUUAUGCCUCUCCCCUCCCUCCCCUUCUCCCUUGCCUAUCUGGAUGGCUUCUCAGAAGUUGGGCUCCUGGUCUCCCUCCCUUGGAUGGGCCAGCGCCCUUUACUGCUGAGGCAGCACUGCUCUUGUCAACUAUGUUGCUUUUACCAAAUGUCUUCGGAGGGGGAGAGGGUGCCUCCCCGGGUUUGAUCUUUAGGGUCCAACUUUCUGCAGGAAAGAUGUUUUACAGACAUGUCAAGCUGAUGUUGUAAUGUGGUUGGGGAAGGAACUCCAGACCCAGAGUCUUGGCCAGCUGGGCGUACGACUGUGUGACCCUCUGUCUUGAAAUGAUUUCUCUCUCUGUACUGGGAGCCAAGGUGAGGUGUU